AUGCAUAAUGAGCCAAUCCAAACACUUCCAUCAAAUGCAUUUCUUGAUUUUACUAAUCAACCACCGCCAUCGUCAUCAUCACUCGACGCGUCUAAUGCUGUCAACCAACAGCAAUAUGCCAAUUUUAUUCACAAUGCUUAUCCACCAUCAGCACAAGAGCAAUUCUAUCCAUCACCGUACGCAUAUCCAUACAACAUACCUUAUCCAUCCUUAUCGAUAGACUCGAAUAUUGAUGAUAAGUGUCAUUAUGAUACGCCACCGAAAUUGACCAUCAAAGGAAAAAAAAUUCGCAAGCCCAGAACCAUCUAUUCUAGUAUGCAAUUGCAAGUAUUGAAUAAACGUUUUCAACGCACACAAUAUCUUGCUCUACCAGAGCGUGCAGAAUUGGCUGCUUCACUUGGUUUGACUCAAACACAAGUCAAAAUCUGGUUCCAAAAUAAACGAAGUAAACAAAAGAAAGGUGUUAAAAACGUUAGUCAUCAGUCAUCGUCGUCUUCCCAACCCUCUAACCCAAGUCUAUCACCACCACCACCACCACCACCAUCACUACACCAUCAUCAUCUGUCACGAACGCUAAAUAAUAAAUCUAGUGAUUCUAUGUUUUUAGUAAAACAAGAGCAACAACAACAACCCAUAGCUUCAUCAUCGUCCUCUUCAACUAAUUCGAGUUCGUUCCUAGUUGACGCAACAACAUCAUCAUCUCCUUACGGACAUACAAUGGAUUAUUUGAAUAAUCCGAAUCAUUUUUGGUCUGUACCGCCACAACCACCGUAUACGACUAUUUAA